UUCAUCCCGGAGCUCCUCGCCGUGCCGUUACUUCAGCAGAGGAGAGGGCGAGCGCGAGCGAGGCGAGGCACCCGAGUCCCUGGCGACCCGGGAUUCCCAGCCCUCCUCCCCCUCCGCGUCCCCGCCCGCGGCGGCCGCCGCUAGCCGGUGUUCUGUUUUAGUUGCUGUUUAAGAUCAUUAUAGAGAAGAACACUGAAAUUUGGAAAAACAUGUUAGAAACUAUAGAUAAAACCCGGGCCCUGCAGGCGGCAGAGCGCUUACAAGCCAAGUUGCGAGAACGUGGGGAUGUGGUAAAUGAAGACAAACUCAGCCUUUUAAAGUCAGUCUUGCAGAGCCCUCUCUUCACUCAGAUUCUGAACCUUCAGACUUCUGUACAGCAGCUGAAAGACCAGGUAAACUUUGCAACUUCUGCAAUUUCAAACGUUGAAUAUGCCCACAUUCCACAUCUCAGCCCAGCUGUAGUUCCUCCUUUGCAAAAUGAUUUGUUUUUAUCAUCCUCAAAUAAUGGGAACCUGGAAGCAUUUACAGGGUCUGGUACUCUGCACAUCAAUGGGAAACCUGCUUGUGAUGAAUUUGAUCAACUAAUAAAAAAUAUGGCCCAGGGUCGCCAUGUAGAAGUUUUUGAGCUCCUCAAACCUUCAUGUGGGGGCCUUGGUUUUAGUGUUGUGGGGCUCCGGAGUGAAAACCGGGGAGAACUAGGAAUAUUUGUACAGGAGAUUCAAGAGGGCAGCGUGGCUCACAGGGAUGGAAGAUUGAAAGAAACUGAUCAGAUCCUUGCUAUCAAUGGACAGGCACUUGAUCAGACAAUUACACAUCAGCAGGCUAUCAGCAUCCUGCAGAAAGCCAAAGAUAAUGUCCAGCUAGUUAUUGCCAGAGGCUCACUGCCCCAGCUCAUCAGCCCCAUAGUGUCCCGUUCUCCAUCUGCGGCCAGCACAAUUUCCGCUCACUCUAACCCGGUUCACUGGCAGCAUGUGGAGACUAUUGAAUUGGUGAAUGAUGGAUCUGGACUGGGAUUUGGCAUUGUCGGAGGAAAAGCAACUGGUGUGAUCGUAAAAACCAUUCUGCCUGGAGGAGUAGCUGACCAGCAUGGGCGAUUAUGCAGUGGAGACCACAUUCUAAAGAUUGGUGACACGGAUCUAGCUGGAAUGAGCAGUGAGCAGGUAGCACAAGUGCUCAGGCAGUGUGGAAACAGAGUCAAACUGGUGAUCGCAAGAGGUGCCGUAGAAGAACCAGCAGCGCCUGCCUCUAUGGGCAUCACGCUUGCCUCAUCCCCAUCGUCUACUCCAGAAAUGCGGGUUGAUGCUUCUACUCAGAAAAGUGAGGAAAGUGAGACAUUUGACGUAGAACUCACUAAAAAUGUCCAGGGACUAGGAAUUACCAUUGCUGGUUAUAUUGGAGAUAAGAAAUUAGAGCCUUCAGGAAUCUUUGUAAAGAGCAUUACAAAGAGCAGUGCUGUUGAACAUGAUGGAAGAAUCCAAAUUGGAGACCAAAUUAUAGCAGUAGAUGGCACAAACCUUCAGGGUUUUACCAAUCAACAAGCAGUAGAGGUGUUGCGACACACAGGACAGACUGUACACCUGACACUAAUGAGGAGAGGAACGAAGCAGGUGGCUGAGCUCAUGUCAAGAGAGGAUGUCACGAAGGAUGCGGUCCUGUCUCCUGGGAAUGCCAGCAUUAGCAAAGACAAUUACGAAAAAGAUGAAGAUUCUUCAUCGUUGAAUAGAAACACCAGCAUAUUACCAGUUGAAGAAGAAGGUAAACACCUGGAGCCAGGGUAUCCGUUACUGUCAGCAGAGAUGAAAGAAACAGAAGAUGCACAGCAACAGGAAGCUGCUCUGCUGACAAAGUGGCAGAGGAUUAUGGGAAUUAAUUAUGAAAUAGUGGUGGCCCACGUGAGCAAGUUCAGUGAAAGCAGUGGGUUGGGGAUAAGUCUGGAAGCAACAGUGGGACAUCACUUUAUCCGAUCUGUUCUACCAGAAGGUCCUGUUGGACACAGUGGGAAGCUUUUCAGUGGAGAUGAGCUAUUGGAAGUGAAUGGCAUAACUUUGCUUGGGGAAAAUCACCAAGAUGUGGUGAAUAUUUUAAAAGAACUGCCCAUAGGAGUGACAAUGGUGUGCUGUCGACGAACUGUCCCGCCCACCACCCAGUCAGAAUUGGAUAGCCUGGACUUAUGUGAUAUUGAACUGACAGAAAAGCCUCACAUAGAUCUGGGCGAGUUCACCGGGUCCUCAGAGACAGAAGAUCCUGCACUGGUGAUGACCGAUGUGUGUCAGAAUGCGGAGGAGGUUCAAGGACCUUUGGCCAUGUGGGAGGCUGAUGUCCAGCAUAUCGAGCUGGAGAAAGGAAACAAAGGACUUGGUUUUAGCAUCUUAGAUUAUCAGGAUCCCAUUGAUCCAGCAAGCACUGUGAUUGUAAUUCGUUCCUUGGUGCCUGGAGGCAUUGCUGAAAAGGAUGGUAGACUUCUUCCUGGAGAUCGACUCAUGUUUGUCAAUGAUGUUAACUUGGAAAACAGCAGUCUUGAAGAAGCUGUACAGGCACUGAAGGGUGCGCCAUCAGGAACUGUGAGAAUCGGAGUAGCCAAGCCUUUACCUCUUUCACCAGAAGAAGGUUAUGUCUCUGCUAAAGAAGAAUCCUUUCUCUACCCGCCACACUCCUGCGAGGAGGAGGGGCUGACUGACAGAGCCCUCUUCAGGGCUGACUUGGCUCUGGUGGACACAAAUGAGGCUGACUUAGCAGAUGAAUCUACAUUUGAGUCUCAGUACUCUCCUGAUAACGACAGUAUCUACUCCACUCAAGCCUCUAUUUUAUCUCUUCACGGCAGUGCUUGUAGUGAUGGCCUGAACUAUGGUCCCUCCCUUCCAUCUUCACCUCCCAAGGAUGUUACUGAAAGUUCUUCAGAUCCAGUACUUGAUCUGCACAUGUCCUUGGAGGAACUGUAUACCCAGAAUCUCCUGCAAAGACAGAACGAGAGUCCACCUUCAGUGGACUUGACGAUGGGGCCUGCCUCUGGCUUUACUGUAAAUGAUUAUACACCUGCAAAUGCUGUUGAACAGCAAUGUGAAUGUGAGAACUCAAGAGCAUGGACUGAAUCUCACCUGCCAACUGAAAUUACGUCAAGUACAGAACUUCCUUCUGUGCUUCCUAAUUCAGCUGGAAAGGGCUCCGAGUUAUUAAUUCAGCAGAGCUCCCUGACCUCAACUGCUGAGUGUGUCAUGCUCCAAAAUAUAACCAAAGAAUCUUUUGAGAGGACUAUUACUAUAGCAAAAGGCAAUUCUAGCCUAGGGAUGACAGUAAGUGCUAAUAAAGAUGGCAUGGGGAUGAUCGUUCGAAGCAUUAUUCAUGGAGGGUCCAUCAGCCGAGAUGGCCGGAUUGCCGUUGGGGACUGCAUCCUGUCUAUUAAUGAGGAAUCCACUAUCAGUUUAACCAAUGCCCAGGCGCGAGCGAUGUUGAGAAGACAUUCUCUCAUUGGGCCUGACAUUAAAAUUACUUAUGUGCCUGCAGAACAUUUGGAAGAGUUCAAAAUAAAUUUGGGGCAACAGUCUGGAGGAAUAAUGGCACUGGAUAUAUUUUCUUCAUACACUGGCAGAGACAUUCCAGAACUACCAGAGCGAGAAGAAGGAGAGGGAGAAGAAAGUGAGCUUCAAAAUGCAGCUUACAGUAAUUGGAAUCAGCCCAGACGGGUUGAACUUUGGAGAGAACCAAGCAAAUCCUUGGGCAUCAGCAUUGUUGGCGGACGAGGCAUGGGGAGUCGUCUAAGCAACGGUGAAGUGAUGAGGGGCAUUUUCAUCAAACACGUUCUUGAAGAUAGUCCAGCUGGCGCAAAUGGAACCUUGAAACCUGGAGAUAGAAUAGUAGAGGUGGAUGGGAUGGACCUCAGAGAUGCAAGCCAUGAACAAGCUGUGGAAGCCAUUCGGAAAGCAGGCAACCCUGUAGUCUUUAUGGUACAGAGCAUUAUAAACAGACCAAGGAAAUCCCCUUUGCCUUCCUUGCCGCACAACCUUUACCCUAAGUACAACUUCAGCAGCACUAACCCAUUUGCUGAUUCUCUUCAGUUCAACGCUGACAAGGCACCCAGUCAGUCAGAGUCAGAGUCAGAAAAGGCUCCAUUGUGCAGUGUGCCUCUGCCCCCUUCUUCAGCAUCUGCAGAAAUGAGCACUAAUCACGCACACUCAUCUGCAAGCAAAAUCUCAGAAGAUGUGGACAAAGAGGAUGAGUUUGGUUAUAGCUGGAAAAAUAUCAGAGAGCGUUAUGGAACCCUAACAGGAGAGCUGCAUAUGAUUGAACUGGAGAAAGGUCGUAGUGGUUUGGGUCUAAGUCUUGCUGGAAACAAAGACCGAUCUAGGAUGAGUGUCUUUAUAGUGGGGAUUGAUCCAAACGGAGCAGCUGGGAAAGAUGGUCGACUGCAGAUUGCAGACGAGCUUCUAGAGAUCAAUGGUCAAAUUUUAUAUGGAAGAAGUCAUCAGAAUGCUUCUUCAAUCAUUAAAUGUGCUCCUUCAAAAGUAAAAAUAAUUUUUAUCAGAAAUAAAGAUGCAGUGAGUCAGAUGGCUGUAUGUCCUGGAAAUGCAGUAGAACCUUUGCCUUCUACCUCAGAAAGUUCUCAAAAUAAGGAGGCCGAACCAAGUGUUACUACUUCUGAUGCACCUGUGGACCUCUGUUCAUUCACAAACGUGCAGCAUCUGGAACUUCCCAAGGAUCAAGGGGGUUUGGGCAUUGCUAUCAGUGAAGAAGAUACACUCAGCGGAGUCAUCAUAAAGAGUCUAACGGAGCACGGGGUGGCGGCCAAGGAUGGACGGCUCAAAGUUGGAGAUCAGAUUUUGGCUAUAGAUGAUGAAGUUGUUAUUGGCUAUCCCGUAGAAAAGUUCAUUAGCCUUUUGAAAACAACAAAGACAACAGUGAAACUUACCAUUCGUGCUGAGAAUCCAGACUCCCAGGCUAUUGCUUCAGCAGCUGGGACAGCCGGUGGAGAAAAGAACAGCUCCUUGUCUGCAAUGCCGCCACCUUCUGAGUCCUCGGAACUGGAGUCCAUCCGAAGUACAAGCAGAUCAUCAACACCAGCAAUCUUUACUUCCGAUCCUGCAACCUGCCCCAUCAUCCCAGGCUGUGAAACAACAAUUGAGAUUUCCAAAGGGCGAACAGGGCUGGGCCUGAGCAUUGUUGGUGGCUCCGACACUCUGCUGGGUGCCAUUAUUAUCCAUGAGGUUUAUGAAGAAGGAGCGGCGUGUAAAGACGGGAGACUUUGGGCUGGAGAUCAGAUUUUAGAGGUGAAUGGAAUUGACUUGAGAAAGGCCACACAUGAUGAAGCAAUAAAUGUCCUGAGACAGACACCACACAGAGUGCGCCUGACACUCUACAGAGAUGAAGCCCCCUACAAGGAGGAACAUGUGUGUGACACCCUCACUAUUGAGCUACACAAGAAGCCGGGGAAAGGCCUGGGAUUAAGUAUUGUUGGGAAAAGAAGUGAUAGCGGAGUAUUUGUGUCGGACAUUGUCAAAGGAGGGAUUGCAGACACUGACGGGAGGCUGGCACAGGGAGACCAGAUUUUGGCAGUGAAUGGGGAAGAUGUCCGCAAUGCCACCCAGGAAGCUGUGGCCGCUUUGCUGAAGUGUUCCCUGGGCACAGUAACCUUGGAAGUUGGAAGAAUCAAAGCGGGUCCAUUCCAUUCAGAGAGGAGGCCUUCUCAAAGCAGCCAGAUGAGUGAAGGCAGCCUGUCAUCGUUCACUUUUCCACUUUCUGGAUCCAGUACAUCCGAGUCACUGGAAAGUAGUUUGAAGAAGAAUGCAUUGGCAUCUGAAAUACAGGGAUUAAGAACAGUUGAAAUAAAAAAGGGGCCUGCUGACUCCCUGGGAAUCAGCAUUGCUGGAGGAGUGGGCAGCCCUCUUGGUGAUGUCCCUAUAUUUAUUGCAAUGAUGCACCCAAAUGGAGUUGCAGCUCAGACCCAGAAACUCAGAGUUGGGGACAGGAUUGUCACUAUCUGUGGCACAUCCACUGAGGGGAUGACUCACACCCAAGCAGUAAACUUACUGAAAAAUGCCUCUGGCUCCAUUGAAAUGCAGGUAGUUGCUGGAGGAGAUGUGAGCGUGGUCACGAGUCAUCAGCAGGAGCCGGCCAGUUCCAGUCUCUCCUUCACGGGGCUCACAUCAAGCAGUAUGUUUCAGGAUGACUUAGGGCCUCCUCAGUGUAAAUCUAUUACACUAGACCGAGGACCAGAUGGCUUAGGCUUCAGUAUAGUAGGAGGAUAUGGCAGCCCUCACGGAGACCUACCCAUUUAUGUUAAAACAGUGUUUGCGAAGACAUAUUUUUCAGGAGCUGCGAAAUGGGAGAUAAUUUCCAACAGGAGAAAAUCUGGAGGAAUCUCAAGAUUUUACAGUGCAAAGGGCAACUCUUAAUGGCCAGUCCUUUGAACAGUUCGAUAUGGCUUUAGCAUAUCCCUGUGGUCCUUGAAAGUGACUAUGUGUUGAGGUUUUAUUCCAUUAUUUUGAAAAAAGAAUUAUUAUUUUUAACCAAUUUAAAGUGCUGUAUCUACAGCAACCUAGUUAUAGGCUUAAUUUACGAGAUUUUUUUAAAAAGCCAUUGGUAUGUCCAAAAAUACAAACAGCAUUUGUCAGUGAAUAGAAGACUCAUGCAGUCCUUUUCCUCAGCCUGGGAACAAUUUAUUUAAGGCAUGCUAGUUAGAACAUAUUUUAAGAAUUUCAUCAUUAUGGAUUCCUCAUUAACUUUUCCAUAUUUUUAAUCUUAUAUUUAAUUGCAUAAUUGCCUACUAUAAGCAUGCCUGAAGAUGAGAUUCUUUUUCAAACAGCAGUGUGUGUGUUUCAUCUUAAUCAUUUAAGGCCCGUAAGAAAUAUGAAGACUGCACGUAUCCUCAGGAAGUAAAAGAACCAGCAGCCUGAGCGGCCUAUUCAAAGCCACAGAAAGAAUUACAUUUAGAAUUAGUAGGACUUGGACCCUGCCUUGCCCUUGUCAGCAUGCAUGUGGGCUUCCUGCUCCUGCAGACCUUCGGGCUCCGUGGUCCGGUGCCCUUGUCCUGCAAAGCUGCUUUUGUUCACAUCUAAUCCUUUGUCGUCUUCUGUAGGCCUUCCUGACAGGAUAAAAAAUCCUGGAUUCUAUGAAAUCAUUCCUGCUAGGCAAAUUCCCAAAUAUUCUUUAUUAAUUUGAGUUCCCACCAACUGCUGUGCUGAACAGCCAAAAACCAUCCAACUAAUCUGUUGACUGCUGAAUUCUCUCUAAAAUUGGAAUCUCAGUGCUAAAAUGAUGCAGGAGCAAGGCCUCCUUUGUGUAUGUUCGUCAUUGCUUAAUGGCUAGGGAGCACCCAUGGAGCUUCCAGAGCAAUGUGUGUGCACAUGCAGAGCAAUUUACAUUCUUGUUUAGAUCUUUUUUCUGUUGUGUAGCUGCGAGGCAGUCUUUUUUGAGAAGCAAAGAAGCCUACUUUAUAAUUGCAGGGAGCAGCGUCGGAAGAUGGGCGUCUCAAAAGGGGUGAUCAGAUCAUUGCCGUCAAUGGGCAGAGUCUGGAAGGGGUGACCCAUGAAGAAG